AUGUCGGCCCACCUGCAGUGGAUGAUCGUUCGCAACAGCUCCAGCUUUCUCCACAAGCGGAGCAAACAAACCUACAGCACCAAGCCGAACAACCUGAAGGCCAGAAACUCCUUCCACUACAAUGGGCUGAUCCAUCGCAAGAUGGUCCGCGUGGAGCCCGCAGCACCUGGCAAGGAGAUUGUGGUGGUGCUGAAGAAACGGGCAGGUGAGCGCAAGGCAGCCACGAACUAUGAGAAGACUACCAUUAACAAGAACGCCUGGGCUACGCUCAACAGCCUGCGUCACAUCAUCCGCAAGAACAACGACAGCAAGGAUCUGUGCAUGGCAGCUCUGCGCCGCACCAGCACUAUCCUGUGGAGCCAGAAGCUGGUGCUGGUGGUGAAGAAGAGAACCCGGGCUACCAAGACAGUGUGAAUGGCUAGCAUGUCCCAAUAAAGGGUUCAACCCAAAAAAAAAUAAAUAAAAUAAAAAUAAAAAAAACUGCUGAUGGGAAAGCUCAAUAUCAUUCAUGGGUAAGCUAUUCAUCUGACUGACUGUUCAGCUACAGGAUAUAACUGAAGUCACAACUGCUAUGCUGAAAACCUUCUGCAAAACAACUGGAUCUCUUUUGCAUCAAAAAGAGCACCCAUGAUAAUUGUAGGGAAGAGGCGGGAGGGUAGGAAAUCCAGAAUAGCUAUCUGCCUCUUAACUCUCUAUCCAC